AUGUCCGGUAGUAAGAUCUCAACUCUCCAAGGCCUUGUCUUAUUCUUCUACCGAUUUUUCAUUCUCCGGCGUUGGUUUCAUCGUAACCCUAAACAAAAAUACCAAAAAUGUCCUUCUCACGGCCUCCACGAAGCUCACGAUCUAUCACACCACACGUUGGUCUUCAACGUCGAAGGAGCUCUACUCAAGUCAAACUCCUUAUUCUCUUAUUUCAUGCUCGUUGCUUUUGAAGCCGGAGGGAUAAUAAGGUCAUUUCUACUCUUCAUUCUCUAUCCGUUGAUAUGCUUGAUGAGCUAUGAAAUGGGCUUGAAGACCAUGGUGAUGUUGAGCUUCUUCGGGGUGAAAAAAGAAAGCUUUCGAGCCGGGAAAUCGGUUUUGCCUAAGUAUUUUCUAGAAGAUGUUGGUCUCGAGAUGUUUGAGGUUUUGAAGAGAGGAGGCAAAAGAGUUGGUGUGAGUGAUUUGCCACAAGUUAUGAUUGAUGGGUUCUUAAGAGACUACUUGGAGAUUGAUGUUGUGAUCGGGAGAGAGAUGAAGACGAUUGGCGGUUACUACUUAGGCAUCAUGAUGGACAAACGGAAACAUGAGUCUGCUUUUGGUAAAUUGUUUCAAGAAGAAAAACUAAGUGGUGGUCAUGUAAUUGGAAUCACUUCAUUUAAUUCGCCAAGCCACCGAUCUCUACUCUCUCAAUUUUGCCAGGAGAUUUACUUUGUCAGAAAGUCAGACAAGAAGAGUUGGCGAACUUUACCACGAAAUCAAUACCCUAAACCAUUGAUUUUCCACGAUGGUCGUUUAGCCAUCAAGCCAACACCGUUAAACACGCUCACGUUAUUCAUGUGGGCCCCAUUCGCCGCAGCCUUAGCAGCCGCAAGACUCGUCGUCGGCUUAAACCUUCCUUACUCCGUAGCCAAUCCGUUCCUCGCUUUCUCCGGUCUCCGCCUUACCCUCACCGUCAACAACCACAACGACCUUAUUUCUACCGACCAUAAAAAAGGUUGUCUCUUUGUGUGUAAUCAUAGGACGUUAUUAGACCCACUUUACAUUUCAUACGCUCUAAGAAAGAAAAACAUCAAAGCCGUUACAUAUAGUCUAAGUAGGUUAUCUGAGCUUCUAGCUCCUAUCAAGACCGUUAGAUUGACUCGUGACCGAGACCGAGACGGUCAAGCCAUGGAGAGAUUGUUGAGCCUAGGAGAUCUCGUGGUAUGUCCUGAAGGGACCACGUGUAGGGAGCCUUAUUUGCUUCGAUUUAGUCCACUUUUCUCGGAAGUCAGUGACGUCAUCGUACCGGUCGCUAUUGACUCGCACGUGGCCUUCUUUUAUGGCACGACGGCUAGUGGUCUUAAGGCCUUUGACCCUAUUUUCUUCCUCAUGGAUCCUUACCCUUCCUACACCGUCCGAUUGCUUGAUCGUGUAUCUGGAGUUGGCUCGUCCACGUGUCGUGAUCCUACUGAUGAGAAAACUAAGUUCGAGGUGGCUAAUCACGUGCAACAUGAGAUCGGGAAUGCGUUGGGGUUCGAGUGCACCAACCUCACGAGAAGAGAUAAGUACUUCGUUUUGGCCGGUAAUAAUGGAGUUGUCAGCAAAAAUAAAUGA